AUGAGCCGACUUCCAGUCAAGUGCUUCCACCUUUGUUGUCGCUUGAAGCGCCGACAAUUCGAGGCUAGAGGCAGCCAGGUAGAUCUUCAUGUUGUUACAUCAUUCUUCUCCAACCUGAUAUUUAGACAAAUCUCAGCUCCCAUUCGACUCUCGACUGGCUCGGAAACACGCUGGGCCGAAAGCGUGCAGGCGUUUUGGGCCACAAGUCAGAUAUUGGAGAUUAAUGGCGGAAGUGGUGGUUUUUGCCAAUAUUUUGACAAAACCUCUGUUCAUCAAGAAGAUUCCACUGAACAGCACCACUUUACAACCGUUCUUUGA